CGUGCGUGCAUCUGUCGCACAUAACGGUACAUGUGCACAUGUGCUCUAUUCGCAUGGUUGGCCACACACGAUGUCUCACUGCACUGGGUUGUUGCCUAUACUCCCUUUCCCUUGCCGUGCGUGCUGCUCGGUGCACCACCUGAGCCAAUACGAGUUCGGUUUUCAAGUUUGUUGAGAACUAGCCAAACCUGUAGAUCCGAUUGUUCUGCUUCACCGCUGGGAUUACUGAUACGGUCAGCAUUGUUAUCAGACUAACUGGACAAUUACAUCGCACUGAGGAAUUUCUGUGCUUUUUGCUUUCUUCACUUGCAUAACAAACAACCCCCCACACGAGGCGCUGCAACCUCCUCAUUCAAAUAUCUUGAGUUUGUUCAGAAAUUGGGGUAGGAACACGGCGCCUAUGCCCUGAUGUCACAUCACUCGAGAAACGCUCGGAUUUUUUGCAUUAUAAUAUGGGACAGCUGUCACAAUCGUGUGUGAACAACUCACAAUAUAAAGGUCCUGACUCACUUUCUCAAACUUCGUCCAUGGGUAACAUCUGCAACGCCCCUCAGACGCUACCCGACUCAGGUACGUCGCUUCCUUUCCCCAAUGGCCUGCAUGCCAGCCCGGAUGCUGCCUUCCAGACGUUGGCUCCCACAUCCGAGGAUUCCAUUCCAAACAGGUCUCCAAUCUGGUUACCCCCAAUGAACCCAGAAUCUCUCCUAAACUUACUUCGGCCGUAUCUGCUUUCCCAAUUGUGCCCACCUACCUCCCAACCAACCGACUUAGUUCCCAAUGUGAAGUUCGACGGGGACUCUUCACCUAGCGCUUUGACACAGAGAGCUCCUCCUGUGUAUCCAGCCGCUGAAAAUCAUUAUCACUCAUUUGGGAAGCACCUCACAAAUGGUGAGUUUUACUUUGUGGACCUCUGGAAACACGUCUGUUGCACUUAG